GUGGGGUUCGAGUCACUAUGGUAACCAUGUAAACAACAAUGUAAAAAAAUGUCAAAUUAUUUGUGAUCAAUUCCAUGUUGUGUUGAGUUGAACGUCCUUAAAAAUACAAAAGGCCCAAAAAAUGGCACAGGAGCAAUGUUUGUUUGAGGGUUCGGAUGAUUUGGAUAUUUCACAUCAUUGUCAAGACGUUGAGGAAAAGUACUUUGCCCAGGUUGUGGGGCACAUUGAAGACAUUCUCCUUGAUGAUAGCUUUCUCAAAAUACAUAAAGAUUUCAUGGAAGAAUACUGGACGGAAUUUGAGGAAAGUGACGAAAAUAAACUCGUUUACACCGACAUAUUUAAAAAGUACGUGGAAACGAUAGAGAAGUUUUUAGAAACUGAAUUGAAAAAGAAGAUUCCAAAUUUCAGUAUGUUGGAGUUCGAGUACGAGUUAAGAAAACGACCCAAUGAACUUGUAGGGGAGGUUUUUGAAAUUUUAUCAACUUUCACAGACUUUGUUUCCUUUAAAGAAAAAUUUUUAGAUUACAAAGCGAUGAAGGAAGGCAAGACGGUAGAUUUUUCUAAGGAUCUUUACGUAAUACAGUAUAAAUUAGAAACUUUGUAACUUUAUUGAACGAAAUGUUUAAUAUAAAAAACCUUAAUGCAUUAA